AUGAAAGGUCUUGCUAAACUUUCCAUAUCGGCUUUGGUCCUCGCAAAGAGCGAUAUCGCAAUUGCUCAAGUUGGGUCUGCGGUGACUACUCCUCUGGGCUCAUUUGAGUCCACCAAAGGAGCUGCAUGUGCUUGUUCGAAGCUCUCUCAGAUUUAUUCGGAAAUUAUCAACCCUAGCGGUGCAAACUAUACGGCCCAAGCUGCAGAUGCCUAUUGGGACAUUCGAGCCAAUCUUUCGCCCGCUUGCAUAUUAUUGCCAAGUUCUGCGGAUGAGAUUUCCAAUGCUCUGGAAAUCUUCCAAGCCUGUGAUGCGCAGUUUGCAGUUCGUGGUGGCGGUCAUAUGAAUUAUCCAGGAUCAAACAACAUCGACGGUGGCGUUUUGAUGGCCCUUGAGAAGUUUGACAAAGUCAAAGUGAACGCCGAAUCUGUUGAAGUCGGUCCGGGCCUGACUUGGUACGAUGUCUACGAAGCCCUCGAGCCUUACGGUCGUGCUGCCAUUGGCGGACGUUUGAAAACAAUUGGUGUCCCUGGUCUGAGUCUCAUUGGAGGAUUUCACUACUUCAAUAACAAGUACGGCUACACAAUGGACAAUGUCCUCAGUUACGAUGUCAUCCUUGGAAAUGGAACACAGGUCGUGGCCAACAAAUCGUCACACCCUGACCUAUUCUGGGCUCUGAAGGGAGGAGCUAACAACUACGGAAUCGUCACCAAAUUUACCUUGAAGACCUACGCGAUUCCCAAAGUCAGCACAACGAUUCAGGUCAUCAACGAGAGCGGUAUUCCAGACUUCCUGACCGCUGUCUGCAACAUUGUAAAGCUUGAUGAGAGUGAUCCUAUCGCAGCCGGUAUGGUUGCAACUGUGCAGUACAAUGCCACGACAAAAGUUGUCUCGGCUUCGUUGCUCGGGGUCCAGGAAGGUAUUAGCAAGCCUCCAUCGCAAUUCGCGAACUUCUCCGCAAUCCCUGCCACUACUCGCAUUAAUAAUGUUACGACAAUGAGACAGUGGGCGUCCAGUCUAGACACCCCAAAGCAAAUGUUCCGUGUGAUGUUCUCUCACAAGACCAUGAAACCAGAUCAAGACGUUCUCAUCUCCAUUUACAGGGCAUGGAAAGAUGCCGUUGAUGAAAUUGCAGACAUCGAGGGCCUUUACCCAACCUUCGUAACGAACGUGGCCCCCGCAAGUGCAGCACGGGUUGCCCUUACCAACGGCGUUGGCAAUGUCUGGGGACUGGAAGCAGAGCCUUAUAUUCUAUGGCAAUUUAGCACGGGAUGGGCCCUGGCGCAAGAUGAUCUUCGAAUCGAGGGUUGGUCACGCCAAUUGAUUGAACGGCUCAACGCGAUCAACGUUGAGAAAGCACUAGCUUCCGACUUUAUCUAUAUGGGCGAUGCAGGUGAAUGGCAAGAUCCCUUUGCAGGCUUCCCUGCUGAGAAUGUUGCGCGGAUGAGGAAGAUUAAGUCCUUGUAUGAUCCUCUUGGCGUUUUCUCUAGGCUCAAUUGGGGAGGGUUCAAGCUGGGCGUAUAG